AUGACCUCUACAUACCCACAGCUUCCACUGAAGCUGGUACUGAUGUCAACCAAGGCAUACUUCUCUGCAGACCAUACCAUACAGUACCUAAGAACAAUACUCGAUCCAGAAUCAGGUAUAAUGCCCUUGCCAGAUCAGGAUAUUCUCUUCGGAUUCAUACCAGACUUCCUGUCGAUAUACCCUUGCACUCAACUACUUUCUGAACACGCCAAGACCACUUCAACAGCGUCGAAGCACCCACGACUGUGGCCAUUACACCUUGGAGCCCAAGACUGUUUCUGGUCAGGAGACUACGGAGCUUACACAGGCGAAAUUGUGCCGCCAGCACUGCAGUCACUCGGUGUCACGAUCGUCGAGCUCGGCCAUGCUGAACGUCGAAAGAUGCUAGCCGAGACAGACGAAACUACAGCAAAGAAGGCUGCUGCUGUCUCGAAAUUGGGCAUGGUGCCGCUGGUCUGCAUAGGCGAGAUUGAAGCUCCAAACCUUCAGGGUCCCAUGUCUGCAGCAGUUGGUAAUGCAAUGAAGCAGUUGAACUCGCAGGUCUUGACGUUGCUGAGUGCAGUGCCGCUAGACGCACCAGUGAUCUUCGCCUACGAGCCUGUAUGGGCGAUUGGCGCUGCUCGGCCCGCCGGUGUCGAUUACGUUGGACCUGUUGUGCAAGCCAUCAGACAUAUCAUACAGGAUUUUGAACAGAAGAGAGGCCGCACUGGUCAAACAAAGGUCGUGUAUGGAGGGAGUGCAGGUCCUGGUCUGUGGAGUGGCAAGACGAAUGGUGACAAUCCGCUUGGCCAAUGGGUAGAUGGCAUGUUCUUGGGACGCUUUGCGCACAAGAUUGAAGGUGUCAAGGCCGUCGUUGAUGAAGUCGUACAGAGUAUGUCAUGA